AUGGAAAGGUACUUCAUGCCUGUGCGUGGUUCCCCGGAGGAUGAGGUCAAAAUUCACAAACUUUACCAUCCCAUAGCUCGUCAGCAUCCUCACAACCAUUAUUACCACCACAACCAAUAUCACCAGCAAGGAUCACACAGUCAUAGCUCUUCAAGCAGUCAUGGGAAACACAGUGAUAGUCAUGAUCUCCAUCACCAUGACAACAAGCAUCAUCAUCAUAGGCAUCCCAAAGUGGCUGCAGAGCACCAUGGUUUCACUAAAAGAUCUUCCUCCAGCCUGUCUUCCUCCUCUUCCCCUUCUUCGUCUCCCUCCUGGACUUCAGUACCCAGCUUGGAUGAUGAGAUGUAUCUUAUGUACAACAAACCCCAGCAUUCCUUAUCGUGCUCCAACAUCCCAGAGGUCCAGUGGAAAAUUCAUGACAGAGAAUGUGAGGACUUUAAUUAUGAUCACAGACAUCAAUUACAUUUUCAAAAUCAGAAGCAGCGCCACAGCCUAGAAGAUUCUGGCCAGCUGCUCCCUAUUUCUCAGCAUGGAAGUAAGACACCAAAACUCUGCCGGGCUCACAGCAAAAGUGAGGAGGGUCUCCAGCAAAGUAAGCCCAGAGACUGUUACUCUGAAAAACAUCACCAAAUAGACCAUGGUGCACUGUACAAGACUGCAAGUCUGAAUGUUGAAAACACUCAAAGGGGCAGAAGUGGACCCAAAAAGGCUGCAUCAUCUCUUCAUUUGCCAAGCAAAGGCAUUCUGAAAAACAAGGAUGAGGGCCAGAAAGGAGGCAACUUCAGAAAGGUUAGGUCUUUGGAAGUGCUCUCCACCAGGGUGAAAGUCAUAGAAACAUCCAAGCAAAGCUCCAUGGAAGCAGCGAGGAACAGCUUUGUGAAAGGGAAGAUUCAGUUCUCUGCAUUUCUGAAUGAGAUCACCAAACAGGUUAUCAGUCCCUCCACACUUAACUCUCUUGGUGUCACAACACAGACACCACAAAAAUCUCCUAAUGAAGAACACAAACAGUACGGUGCCAGGCAAAAACAGGACAGUGUCAUGCCGCAACCUAAACAGCAGCCCAUUAGAGCUGAGAGACCUGAUUCAGGAAAGACUGAUUCUGAUUUCAUCUCACACCCACGACUCAAGAAAUCCCACCCAGGCAAACACUACACCCAAAACUUUAGCAGUCCUCGUGCCCCACCACCCCGCCACCCUUCUAAAACUGAAAGACAAGGGGCUACUUCAGACAAACAGCACCACAGGCAAUAUUCUCAGCUGCUCGCUGAUGGUACCAGCACCAGCCCAGAGCCUAUCCAGAGACACCUCUCUAAACACAAAGGAUGCCAUCAAAGCAGUCAUGGCCCAUCCAUGCAUUUACAUACAAAGCAGGAGCACAAGCGUUCCUCUCCUCCUCUCCGAGCCACUGGGUUGGAUUCAGAGUCUCCAUCAAGAAAGUCAUCCACCGAGAAAAGAGACAGACCCAAACACACAGGACACCGGAGGCACUCUGAGCCACACAGAGAUCCAUUCAGUGCUGUGAACAAAGUUCAGCUGCUGGAGCACUACAACAAAGAGCUGAAUGAGAACCUGUUGCAGACUGUGGCAUGCAUUGAGAACAUGGAGACCGAAUUGCAGUGUGCCAAGUUGGAGUUGGCCAACUUCAAAGAGAAAUACAGAAGGCUUCAGGAGAGCUAUUCUGUUUCUCAGCAAGCAAAUAGUGUUCUGGAGCAGAAACUCAAAUCUAUGGUAGACAGCUUGGACUCAGAAAGGAAGUUCAUCAUGCAGAGAGUUGUGGAUCUGACUAAACAGCUGGAGACUGCACAGAAGACCAUCAACUCUCUAGAAAACAUCAAUGUUCCCUCUUUGAUUAGAGAGUUGUUGAAAAAGAAUGUAGACACUCAGGAAGCAAUGGAACACUUGUAUCCCCAAACAUCCCCAGUCCAAUCUGACAGUGGCCAAUCAAGUGCUCAAGACAACCCAUCAUCUGUUGGAAGGGGGGAAGAAAGAGUCUUUGAAUGGUCACAGACUGGACAGAAAUGCUCUGAUGCCAGCCAACAGCCUGCUACAGCAUUUUUGCCAUGGAAACAUAAUCAUGAUUUGUGCUCAGGGCCAGAGCUGCUUGGGGUUAAAGGAAGUGACUCACAACGUCCUUUCUCUCUUACUCCAAAUGAUGCACCAAUCUACAAAACGAUGGCAGAUGCAAAGGGUCCAAGGCAUGAAGUGCAUCAAUUAGGCAUCAAUACAGAUAUUCGCACUGUUGCCAUGCCAACCUACAGUUGUGUUGAUAUUCCUCCAAAUCCAUAUAACCUAGAUGACAUGGGGCUCAAUAUACAGACAGGUGAUGGGACAAGAAGAGAGGGUAUUGUCACUGUGGGGAAAGACCCCAAUGUUGCCACCUAUUUUACAACGCAGAGGAUGCUGGAUCAUUUGUUGAGCCAUAUUCCUCCACCCCCAACAUACGAUGGAGAGGGGAAACAGACAGGAACUGGGGUCAGGGAACUAGCGGAAGGACAUUAAUGACAUUAAAUUUGAGGUCUUUUCCAGUUAACUGUAAAAGAACCGGUUUAAAGUUAGCAUUAGGGUUAGGCUUGGUUGAAUCUAUAUAAAUGUGUGUACACCAUUUGAUUUUGUACCAUACCUUAUUUUCCUGGUGUCCUGAUUUAAUUUGUACCAGAGAAUAUUUAGCAGAGAUGGGCCACUUCUAUUAAAAUGAAUGGGAGAAACUGGAACGCCCAACAGUCAGCGGAUGUAGAAAGGAAGUCUCGCCUUAAAGGUAAAAGAGCCAGUCACCUUUUAGAUGCAGAUAUCGCCUGUCAAUCAACUCAAGAAUGUGCAUUUGCAUUAGCUAGACAAGCCAAGAAAAUGUAAUUUUUUUUGCGUAAUCUGAGGUAAAGAAGCACAAUUUAUGAUACCAGUGUUGUCCGAAUUUACUGCUGAUUUGAAAUAUGUUCUUUGAUCGUAAUCUUGACCAACCAUUUUGAAGAUUUAUGUCUUUCCCCAUUCAAGGAGAUAGGAGCUGCACUUUCAUGACUGGAAAUAGCUUCCCGGAAGCAUUUCAAAAAUGGCGGCCAGUGGACUGACUUGCUAGAAAGACUUUGUUUGUACCCAGAGGAAAUUGUUAUUGCUCAUAGUUCACACGAGAAAUAGACAUGUUGCUUUCCGAAUGUUCAUGUACUCUGAAAUCAACCCCAUUCUGCCGAAUUAUUGACAAGUGCCAUCUGCCAUCAGACAUUUUUGCAUCAAUUAAAUUGUCAUAACUUUUCCCUCUGUCGCUAAUGAUCACAUGUUGUGCAAGAAACAAGGAAACCAGUAAGUAAUCACUAUCACAUAUACAAUGGUAUACAGCAGUUAAAAUUACAUUUCAACUCUACUGACGGUUAGGUUUAGGGUUGGGCUUGGGUUAGUUAAUUUACGUUUUGAAGGAGGAGGAAUAACGGCGAAUUUGAGGUUGUGUUCAAGACAUUUCACGCCUGAAUUGCUGAGGUGAUCACUACUGAAUACAACAUGCCUCAGAUGCCUCUGGAGUUUAUUUAGAUUUUUUAUAGCAGAUAUCUUGGGAUGUACAGCAUGAGUAAGUGUUUUUUUCCUUUUAAAUUUAGUGUAUUGUGAUUCAAAAUCUGAAAAUAUUGUGAUCUUUUCGUGCAUCUUUUCUUAAUGGCUACAGCCUCAUCUAAAGCAAAGACCAUGAUGUGCUUGUGCACUUAUGUUUUCAGUUUGAUGUGUUGAGAUCAGUGUUUAACUUCCCUGGUAACUGGCUCUGGCUCGAGCAGCAUGGUGAAAGAGGUGUGUGUUUGUGUCAACUGCAAACUCACUUUGAGAUCUGCCUCCAUUCCUGUAUACAACGCCCACAUUUCAGAAUCCAAUCAACAAACGAUGGAUAAAAUCAAGUCCCCACCCUACAUUUUUAUUUUGUUCAAUAAGCCAUUUUACACAGAAAUACAUCACAAUACGAAAGUAAAGUCAGUUGAAACUUCCAUUUCAGCAGCAGAUCAUUCUACUACUACUACUACUACUGACACCGAAUUUAUAGUACAUUCAGUCUGCAGAGUGUGCUCUUUCAAAGUACAGGACGGCUCAGUGUUGUCUUAAAUGUUUCUCCUAAAAUUUUUUUGAAAUAAAAAGAGACACAAAUGAAAAAAUUGUUGACAUAGAGUGAGAAUAUAGAGCUAUAAAACUAAUGUGGCUAGCAUAGCUCUGAUAGUGAUGAGAAAUUAGUUCAUAUUGAAAACUCUGACUUUAAAUUGUCAGCUCUGGGCACAGUUUGUGACAUUGCUAGGAUCUUUUUUCAGGAGAAAAAUCUGAGAAGCAGGAGACUUAAAGGUGCAUUUAAUAGUAUGUUGCAGUGGCUUACAUUGGCUUACACUGACACCUAGUAGCUUGGAUGCUGCAUUAUUCAAACACAGUAGUUUUCAGAUGCCAUUGUAGAAAUUCACUAUGCACAGAAAACCAUGAUUAAUUUAAUCUAUGAAUGAAUGUGUCAAAUAACAGGACAGUUACUGAGAAUGAGCGAGUAGUAUUCGUCUGGUCAUGUGAUUCUAAAAUGGCAGCCCCCAUGAGGCGCCCCUGCUCCAUGUAGAAUAAAACAGCUUUUAUAAGGUUACUGAUAUGACUAAAGUCUUCAUCUCACAUAAAUGGUCAUGAUUUUAUAAAUAUGUUUCAAAAUUAAUUUGAAUUUCUUUAGGAGUAAAAUGUUUUAUAUGAGGAUAACAUUUCUGAGUGCACCUUUAAGCAAAAGUCUCCAUUUGAUCUCCAUUUAAACUCAUUGCUUCCUACGAGCUGAAAUAUUAUUAUUAUUUUUUAGUAGUUUAAUGCAUAUGGGAUAUGUAUCCUCUAUAUUUGUGUGACUGAAAGGUAUAUUGUUAUACCUGUUUGCACUUUCCCCCCCAAAGUAUCAUAUUAAAUCUUAACUCACAUUUUUCUAAUGGUAUUGGCGUUAACACGGUUUACUGUUUAUAAUCUUCUGAGUUAAAGUGAUACAUUUGAUCUCUUACUUUUUUUAUGUUUGACAGCCUUAUUUGUGCUUAUAAAAAUAAAAAUAAAACUUAUGUAAAUUCAUAAUGACAAUUAAUUAUUGUAAAUUUUUACUCAUAUUCACUCCAUUCUGGUUCCAUUUGUUGUAUUCACUAACAUGUAGUUGAUCUAGAUGCAUAACUAGUAGAAUGUCAUUUUCAAAUAAGAAGACUUGGUCUUUUUAUGGUAGAGAACAGUGAUGCACCAUGCAGUUUGACUGUAGAAUAUUCUCUCUCUCAUUUACAUAAAAUAAAAUACAUUUUAUUUUCCUUAUGUCCUGCUUCAAUGGCAAUAAGUUAAUAAAGUAUUUUUGUUCCACAAUAAUAAUUAUCUUUUUCACUGAACAUCCAGGCCUUCAGGGUGAAAAUGGGAGUCAUUCUGUCUAAUCUACUCUUUUCUGUUAAUCUUAGUCUAUGUUUCUCUAUUUUACCUGUUACCACAGUCCAUUACAGAGCACACCUUGAGUAAAACCCUCCUUCUUGCACUCUGUCAAGCAUCUCCAAGGGCAGGUUUGCUUAGAGGACAUUGGC